AUUUCGUACGCAACCCGGAUCACCCUGGAACACACUCAGGACAAAGUCAAACCACAGACUGUAGCUAUAUUAGAGGGUGGUUCUGUGGCUCCGAUAAGGUUCCAGUUUCCACCAUGUGUGUUGUGUACUACUACGGUGUGGCUCUCCUGGCUCUGCUGGCAGUGAGCAGGGUGACCGCGUCACCGAUGACUGAGCCACCGACUGAGGAGGACUGUGGUAAAAUGGUCAAACCACUCCCUGCCGACAAGCUCAACACGGUCUUUGGUGAAUGGAUUCUCAUCGAGGCGUUUUCAGAUGAUGAAGGUUAUGCCGAAAAACUGAAAAUGGGAAAAAGCUCCAAGGUGGAACUACGAGCAACAUCAAGCGACAAGAGUGUGCUUUUCAAACAGGGAAACAUGAUUGAUGACACCUGUGUUAAUUACUCCAUAAUGAAUAUGUCCAUUGUAGAGAACACCAUACAGCAGUUAAAGGAUAAUGGAAUUUCCAAGGCUCACUUCCUGCAAGCCUGCCCUGACUGUCUCGUCAUGCACUUCAGUAACACCAUUACCGUAGCAGGAGUGCCCAUCCGAAUGGUCCGAUCUUUCUAUAUCUUUGGAAAGACUGGCAAACUGCAUGAAUCAGAGCUGGAGCCAAUCAGAAAACAAGCCGAGUGCCUCAAGUUCCCUCAACCUGCACAGUUCAUCUAUGAUGGCGUUGCAGAGUUUUGCACCGAGACAAAGAAGAAUGAGACCAAAUAAAACUAAGAGCUGGAAUAUGGAAAACUGGAGCUAUAAUCAUGUUCACAGGAGAUAUUGUUAGGAGAGACAUAAAACUGACUGAAAUAUUUUUCUAGUUUUUAUUUUUUACUAUUAAUGGUGAAAUCUGCGCUGUUAUGGGUUGUGUCUCACUCACUCAGACUCAAACAUUGGUAUAACUGUCUGUCACUCAUUUGACACAAGAUCUAGCAGAAAAUCAGCCUGUUUGUAUGAAGCCUGUUUCUCAACAUCUUUCAUUCAUAACCUAUUGACAUGUCUAUGUUUUUGUCUGUAGUACCUCGCUAUAUCAAAUCAAUUGUGUAGAAAAAGUAACCACACUGGAAUAAAAAACACACCGUUCCAAAAAUACUCAUCAGGUGGGUUUCAAAACACAGAGUAGGUGAGCAGAGCAGAGCGAGCGUGUCCAAUUUGACUGGAGCGUGGAGCGAGCUGGCCUUCUUUCUGCGUUAGCUACUGUCAUCUAGUAUGCUAAAUAUUUUAAUAAAGAAAUUAUAAAACAAA